CGCUUUCUUGUUUCCAAUCGAGCAUAAUAUGCCGGACGGAGCUGUAGAAGUUAGCAGCGGGUACCGGCGAGACUACUUUCCAUUAUGGAGACUGGUUUAGGUUCUGAAUGAACCACUCAGUCGGUUCGGGUUAGUGACCCGGUUCAACAGGUUCGGAUGGAGCCGGAGCACAGGGCGGUGCUCCGGAAGUUCCGGGUGCAGCUGUGCGACCAGUUGCUGGUCAGCGACACCAUCGUUCCGUUCCUGUACCAGGAGGGAGUUCUGACGGAGGCCCAGGUGGAGCAGGUGGAGGGUCAGCUGACCAACCGGCAGAAGAACCUGAAACUGCUGGACCUCCUGCCGAACCGCGGCCCGCGGGCCUUCGGCACCUUCCUGGAGGCUCUGCGGGACUUCAGCUGGAUCCGGGACCGGUUGCUGCUGGAGCUGCAGAACUCAGCCGGAACCGGGCCGAACUUAGCCGGAACCGGGCCUUCAGGGGACGCUGCGGUUCCGGCCCGUUACCAUGGCGACGCCUGCCGGAUCCCGGACUCGGUUCUGCAGAGGGUUCCUUCGGACCGGGAGCUGUCCCGGCUGGCGCAGAGACUCGGUGCCGAAUGGGAGGCGGUUCUGUUGGACCUGGGCGUGUCCUCCGAAGCGGUGUACCGGUGCCGGUCCGAUCACAGCCUGAACACCGGGGCGGCGGUUCUGGACGGCCUGGUUCUGUGGAAGCGGGCUGGCGGGAGGCGGGCCACUCUGGGGCGGCUUCUGCGCAGCCUGGAGGCCGCAGACCUCCACCCGUCGGUCCUGGAGGAGGCCGUGCUGGGAUGAGACUGGACCGGGUUCCGCUGGCCCGAACCGGGCCGGUCCAGAACUCAGAGAUGACCGCUCUGCCUAUAAACUGACUGAAUAAUGAAACCAAAGUCAGAACUUUUGAUUCUAGAACCAAGAAAAGAACCGGUUCCGUUUUAUCUGGAAUCCAAAAGUAGGUAAAAAAAAACCAACCAGAUACUUAAAGUUUAAUAUCAAUAAAAAAUGACUUUAUCCGCAAAAUUACUUUUAUUAUUUCAGUCAGAAAUAAACCAUAUCUGGAAGUUCCCCGCUGCUGGAUUCAUUCGGAACCGGAGGAGAGUUCUGGAUCCAGAGAACCGAGCUGCACCAGAACCUCCGCCGGUUCUGGAAUAUGCAGGGAAAAAAACCAUCAGGAGAUUUUUCUUCCUGCUCCUGUUUUCUCUCAUUUUCCCACUUUUUCCUGGAAGUCGACCCAGAUUGGAUUCUGGAAAACCCGCUGGACUCCUUCACGGAACCGGAGCUCUGUGACUAAAAACAGCAGCACGUGGACCGGAAGAACCUCCGCUUUCUGCGGGAUUUAAGGUGGACUGGCGGUUCGGCGAACCUUCUGGUUCCGAUCGGACCCAAGAAAACAGCUGGAAACUUGAUUUAAAUCUGAAUUUUCUGUAAAUAAUAAACAUUUACUAUAAAAUCAAAAUA